AUGGAGCCUGCGGACGAACCACCGGGCGAAUCUUUUCAUACUGUUCCAAUUUAUCAAUUUGACGCGUCUUCCGAUAGUGAUUCUGACGACCCAGGACGCAUUGUUCCUCCCGUAGGACCUGUGCUUCAGACGCCGCCUACUCAGCCUACCCAACCUACCCAACCUACCCAAUCUACUCAAUCUAUUUUAUCUCAUAGAAUACCGGUACAACCUCCGCAACGUUCUUACACGGCUCCACUAAUUCAACAUGAACGACAGCCCUCAGAGGUAUCAAUGGUCGCGGAAUCUAUACAGACUAGGCCAAGCAUGGACGAUGACGAUCUAUUCGAGGAUAGCACCAGUGAAGAAGAGCAAUAUCCGGAAGUAUCUACAGGACUAUCAACACGGUCUCCUGGAGCUCCAGUUUUACCAACUAUGUCAGCAAGUCCGACUCCAGCAUAUGAAAGUCGGGGCAUAACAGACGUUCCGGACAUUCCAGGAAGGGUAGAUACUCGGGGUAUAAUGCCUUCUUCAUUAACAAGCGCUCCUAUAAGUUCCGAAAGAAGAUUGCAUCGAUCAAGUUUGGAACAAACCCAAUCGCCCCAAGGUUUGUAUUGUAUACUUAUUUAA